AUGGGAAAUCUCAACCUUUUAAAUUGGUGCCAAGACCACUUCCAAAUCGUAAAAACAGCAAGCAAGAGUUGGCAAGUUCACUUGCUUGUGAGGAUGAUUCAAAAACAAGCUUCAGUCUGUUGUGCAAGAGGUGUUGUGCGCCCUCUUCAGAUUGACCUCACUUUUUUAGCUCUGAUUUUGGCCGAGCCUCGGGGAAGCUUCGGGGGAGCUCUCUGGAGCUGA